AUGGCGGAAGCACACACCAAACGCCACCACGAAAAUGACGGCGACUCUCAAAUUGAAAAUACAAAACGCCAUAGAAUUUCUUACAUUAAUGAACAACAAGAAACUUUGCAAGAUUUAUCUGAUUUCUUCACAAAUCUUUCUUCCGACCCAUUUCUUUACUUUACCCAACAACCAGAUAACGCGUCAGCCUCAAACAUAAAGAAAGAACUGGUCGAAGAAGAUGAUGAAAAAGAAAGGGCUAUUAGACACCUUUUUGAAGCUUCCGACGAUGAGCUAGGAAUACCCAGCAGGGUUGAGGAUGGCGGAGACGACGGGGAAGUUGGUGUCUGCGGCGGAGGUGAUGAUGAGAUCGCCGGAGAGGAAUACGGGGAUUUUUCGUUGGCUUUAUGUGAUGGGUUAUGGGAGCUUGAAGAUGAGGCUGCUAAUUAUUACACUCUGUUGCAAAGUGAACUUUUUAUCCAAUAG